AAACAUUCCCACAGCCGCAUCGAGUACAUGAUCAAGGCAAAAAGUCAGUUUAAACGUCGAUCAACUGCCAACAAUGUGGAGAUUCACAUCCCAGUCCCAAAUGAUGCCGAUUCGCCAAAGUUCAAAACCACUGUUGGAAGUGUCAAAUGGGUUCCAGAGAACAGUGAAAUUGUCUGGUCCAUUAAAUCUUUUCCAGGUGGAAAAGAAUACCUGAUGAGAGCUCACUUUGGACUUCCAAGUGUUGAAGCUGAAGACAAGGAAGGAAAACCUCCCAUUAGUGUGAAGUUUGAGAUUCCAUAUUUCACCACUUCAGGAAUCCAGGUUCGUUACCUGAAGAUAAUUGAGAAGAGUGGCUACCAGGCCCUGCCCUGGGUGCGCUACAUCACCCAGAACGGAGACUAUCAGCUCCGAACACAAUAAAACACCUCACAGGCACCACAGACAACAAAACUUCCAGCCUGGAAUUUGUUUGCAGAAGCUUCUGUGGUCCUGAGAGCUGUGAAUGUUGUUGCCAAGGGUCUCAUUUCCUCCACCUUGGAUUGGCAGGAGAAAGAUUGGAAAUUUCUCAUUUUCAAUAAUGUGUUUGAGCUUUUGACCCAUUAGUAUUGAUUGUGUGAAUAUUUAUUUCAUUCUUAGAACAUGCUGAUCUUGCUGCUAAAUGGCUAAUUAAGUUAAGAGUAGCAGUUCCCCUGAGGAGCCAGGAAUGCAGAAUGAACCUUGGGAAUGUUUUGUCGAUGCCUUGUCUGUUACAGUCACAGAGUUUCCAGUGUUUGUGCUUUAGGAUCUCUUGAAGACAUUGGCAGCAUUUGUGCUACAAAUUAGGGAGAUGAUUGUGCAAUUCAAGGACUGCUGAACACUUAGUUGUAUUUA